AUGUGUCUGGAGCAGAUGUGCAUGGAGCAGUGGAUGUGCCUGGAGCAGAUGUGCGUGGUGCUGGAGAUGUGCGUGGAGCAGAUGUGCGUGGAGCAGUGGAUGUGCACAGAGCAGAUGUGCAUGGAGCUGGAGAUGUCCAUGGAGCAGAUGUGCACGGAGCUGGAGAUGUGCAUGGAGCAGAUGUGCACAGAGCAGGGGAUGUGCAUGGAAGUGAUCUGCACAGAGCAGAUGUGCACGGAGCAGAUGUGCAUAGAGCUGGAGAUGUGUGUGGAGCAGAUGUGUGUGGAGCAGAUGUGCAUGGAGCAGUGGAUGUGCACGGAGCAGAUGUGCAUGGAGCUGGAGAUGUGCCUGGAGCAGGAGAUGUGCCUGAAGCAGAUGUGCAGGGAGCAGGGGACAUGCACGGAGGUGAUGUGCACAGAGCAGAUCUGCACAGAGCAGAUGUGUGUGGAGCUGGAGAUGUGCCUGGAGCAGACGUGCACGGAACAGAUGUGCACGGAGCAGGCGAUGUGCACAGAGCAGAUGUGCAGGGAGGAGAUAUGUAUGGAGCAGGAGAUGUGCCUGAAGCAGAUGUGCAGGGAGCAGGGGAUGUGCACGGAGCAGGGGAUGUGCACGGAGCAGGGGAUGUGCACGGAGCAGAUGUGCAGGGAGCAGCGGAUGUGCAUGGAGCAGAGGUGCACGGAGCAGGUGAUGUGCACGGAAGUGAUCUGCACAGAGCAGAUGUGCACAGAGUAG